AUGCGAAUAUUCAAUGUUGAUCAAAUUUUAACCAUUUCAUCAACAUUGCUACUAGCGGCUGCACCAACAAGAUCAUACCCAUUAAGAAACAAAAACACCGAUGCCCGACUCUCUUGUUCCCAUCAAAACAUUCACGAUGCUUUCUCCGAGAUCAGCAGUCCUUUGUCCGAAGAAUCUCCAAACUCGGGUAUUUUUGAUAAGUGGCACGUUUGGACAAACCUAUACAUGUUUGUGAGCGAUGAAUGCGAAGAGGGUGGGGUGACGGAUUUAAAAGCUGUGCGCAAGUUGGUUAAAGGUCGCUUAACGCCUGAGACCAGAUCUAAACAAGGGAAAGAUGCUCUCGCUUCAUGGUGGGAAUUUCCUAAAGAGUACCAAGACAAAGUUAUUGAUACCAUGUGCCUCUUUAUUAACGCAUAUGAUAGCAUAGAAGAUGGCGAGGAAUAUUCAAAUUUAUCGAAAACCUCAGUACAAGAUAUGGGAUUAUUGUCAGCCAGUACUAGCAAUAAUGAUGAAGAUGAACUUCAUAUCGGUUUAGAAUUUGACGAUAAUGAUGGAGAUAACGCGCACUCUUCGUCACCUGUAGAUAAUACAUCAUCGAUGAGUAGAUCUGUAUCCAAAUCAAAAAUAAUAACCCGAUCAAAUAAUGCUGCUGCUACUGAUAAUUAUCUUCGUCCCAUGGAACGCCAUGAUUAUAAGUUGGACGGUAGUUUACCAACAAAAAAACGAAAACCCAGAAAGAAGAAAGAUGCUAUGAAUGAGUCUAAUAAUAACCAGUCCGCCGUUGAUAACAAUUCCAUCUCUGGCUCACCUAGUGUUAAUAAUGAUAAUUCGGUUUCUGGAUCACCUAGUGUCAAUAAUGAUGAUAACAAUAAUCAGCUGCCGGAUUUUGUAAAUAUGUCUGAUACUGAAUUUACUUCAGCGAUUGCUGCCACUGGUGCUUCUGGAUCAUUUUACGCUGAUAAUAAUGAAGACAAUGAGCAGUUGUCAAAAAAACGAAGACAAUCUUUAUUGAUAAAUAAUGGGACUGGAAGUAAACGUCUUCGUUUAAAUAUGAAAGAAUGGACAAUAGAAGAAGAUGAGAAAUUGGUAACAUUGGUAAAUCGUUUGACUGUAGUUCCAUGGAACGAAAUCGCUCAGUGCAUUAAAACUCGUAAUGCCACCGAGUGUUUGGAUCGGUGGACUUUUUUAAAAAGACAAUUAAAUUAG